AUGGCGGUAUCCGACGUCGACACGAGCGCAGUGGAAUCCGAACGCCUGCCUUCCAUUUCCAGUAUUGGUGGAAGCUGGUCAGAGAGUACCUGUGGAAUACAGGAAAGACGUUUCUCCUGUGACUUGCGCAACAAGACAGAAAAGCCCGAUGCUUACCCAACCGACACGAGUUCAAAAGGCGGGUCAAGUGAUGAGAAGAUUAACAGCCAACGUUCAAGCAUCAUGCAGGCAUCGUACAGCGAAACAGAAGUCUUCUCGAGCACUAUUCCUGGCAGAGUCAGAAAGAAAAGUGGAUUACAGAGGGGAGAGACGUCCAACGUCUGCUGUUGCAAAUAUACAGAUGGGUCCAUAAAAAAAUCCUCAGGUCGUCGCCAUCGCCAUAUGAACUCCAUCAUAGUUGAAGAGAAGGACCCAGGGGAAGAGACAGAGACGGACGGUUGCGUCAGCGAGGUAGAAUGCGGGAGGCGUUGGAGCAGCAUCAGCCGAUCAACCUCGCGAAGGAAGAGGUUCUCAAAGCGAAGAUUUACAUACUCCGAUAUGGUGCGAUUGUCUAGAAGUGGGAACAUGCUAACCAGCAAUGAUCAGGACCUGCCACUGACCCAGGUGGACGAAUCUUCCCUUGAAGGUUGUGAUAAAUAAGGAAAGGGAGCGAACCAGAUUGCACUUGGUUUACAAAAAAACAGAUGAACGUAUUAAAAGUCUGUUGCAAGUAUUUCGAAAGAGGAACCUGAAAAAAUACACCUGAACUUUUCUAAGAAUCUUUCGAAAGUCUUAGUUGUUAUAGUGCAUGUGCCUUUAGAGUUCACACUAUGCAUGGACAGUUAUAUUGUUUGCCUGCAUUUGCAGUGACUCUCCUCAAAUAUUCCCCAAACAGCACCGGAUUUCGACGUCAUAUACAUUAUUUGAUAUUCAUACAA